AUGUCUCUUUCCAGCGAUGACAGCCUUUUCGAGGAGAGGAGGUCAUCUCGGGGCUCGUUUGAGCUUGACGAUGACUUUGCCGACUUUGCCACGCAGCAGCCGGUAAAAACACCGCGAUUUCUUCGUCGCCACCAACAACGAUCCUUGCUCUCACGUCUGCUGUGUCCUCGACGACGAUGCGGCCGUUUGUCAUUGCGUCGCAUCGUAUUAUUCUUGCGCAUCGCCGGCGCAAUAUUAUGCGCCCUUGUCGCAUACACUUUUGUCUUCCGACCGUCCUACACUCAUUUACCGUCGCAUUAUCAGCAAUUGCAACAGUCCAUGGUGCAGUCGACAUCCCCCGGUCGAGGAAAUAUUCACAACGAACGAGUUUUUAUCGCUGUCGGGUUGUACGACAAAGCUGGCGACCUGGCCCGGGGCGCUUGGGGCGAAGGGCUGUUGAGUCUGAUAGAACUUUUGGGUGCGAACAACACAUUUCUCAGCAUCUAUGAGAAUGACAGCGGGCCCGAGGCAGAAACCGCGCUCGACGAGUUUGGGCAGCGUGUGCCGUGCAACAAGUCAAUCGUGUUCGAGGACCACUUUGACACGUCUGAGAUUGACACUGCGACGCUGCCCGAUGGCUCAGUGCGCACAAAACGUCUGCCGUAUCUCGCAGCGAUCCGGAAUCGCGCGUUGCAGCCUCUCGACGAUAACCCGCAUGUUCGAUACGAUAAGCUGUUGUAUUUGAAUGAUGUCUUUUUCAACCCCAUGGACGCUGUGCAUCUCCUUUUUUCGACCAAUGCUGCUGCUGGGGUUGGGUCGGCUGGCACCGCCCCCCAAUACCGCGCUGCGUGCGCUGCGGAUUUUAUCAAUCCGUUUAAGAUGUAUGAUACAUUUGCCGUUCGCGAUCUUCAUGGCUUCACGAUGGGGAUUCCGUUUUAUCCCUGGUUUGGCUCGGUAGGCGCGAGCGAGAGUCGACGCGAUGUGUUGGAGCAGAAGGAUGCGGUUCGCAUUCGCAGCUGCUGGGGCGGUAUGGUGGCAUUUGAUGCGCAGUAUUUCCAGGCCAACGAGCGUCAAAGCGACAACGACAACGACGACGACGACAACAACAAUAGUACUGAAAGCACUGAUGUACAGCCCGCCGCAGCAUCACCCCGGCCAGUGCGUUUCCGCGCCUUUGGAGACGAGUUCUGGGAAGGAUCGGAAUGCUGCCUGAUCCACGCCGACAUUCAAGACAACUUCACAAAUGUGGACACCAUCACCGACACGGGCAUCUACCUCAACCCUUAUAUCCGCGUCGCCUAUGACACACAUACCCUCGGCUGGCUGGGCCUGACUCGACGGUUUGAGCGUCUGUACAGUUUCCCGCACUGGGUUGCCAACACAGUCAUCGGCGCAUCCGCGCCAAAGCCCCGACGUGAAGAAACCGGCGGUCGGGAUGUUGAUGUGCGCAUAUGGAAUUUUGACAAUUCUUCGUCCGAGGGUGGGUCGUGGACUGAUGUUCGUCAGCCAGGCGACAAUGGCGCUUUCUGCGUGUCACGAGGUAUGCAAGUGCUCGUUCAGGACCGGACGACCACAGACAAGGGAUGGGAGGUGUAUCCGUAUCCCAAGGAUCCGUUUUACGAUCAUCUCCGGUGCGACGCGACUGCCGACGAGCCGUGUUCUGGGUGCAAACGAGCGGGGAUUGAGUGCAGAACGCAUCUGAAUCAGCCGCGGCUGACGAGGCAAAGUCGGCACCGAGAGUCUCCGAAGGAUAAUAGUACCAGCAAAGAUAAAAACAGAGGAGUGUUCCCCAGCUUCGGCACGCUAUCUCGGUUCUUCGAAGCAGGCAUCCUGUCCUCCAACUGGAACGGAUUCGAAGAGAAUGGCACGUUCCGAAACGUGUACAUUGGCACAGACGUUGCCAACCUCCACCACCUGGUCCGCGACCAUGAACCAGCUGGAAACAAGUUCCUGUGCUACCCAUUCCCUGCAAUCCGCGACGAGCUGCCAUGGAAGCCGCAUCCCGAAAUGCUCGGACAUCACUAUCUGACUAGCGACUCCGCCAACGACCUGAGCAGCCUGCCCGUACGCUCGGUGCGAGACGCGCUCGUGAUGACGUAUUUUGAUGAUAUUCAUCCUGGAUUCCCUGUCAUCGACGAAGCCGAGUUUCGACGCCGGUACGCCGACCCAGAAAACCCGCCGCCGCUGUUGACGCUGCAGGCCGUCUUGCUUGCAGCAGCGCGCAUCAGCGAGCAUCCCCAAGUGGCAGCCUCGCGUGCCAUGACGACGGCGACGCUAUACCGGCGAGCAAAGACGCUGUUUGAUCUGCGGCAUGAGAGUGAUCGGGUCGAUCUGGUCCAGGCGGCCUUGCUGCUCGCGUGGUAUACAGAAAACUCGGACACAGUAGCCAGUAACGCGUACUACUGGGUUGGAAACGCAACGCGCAUUGCAUUCGGAAUGGCCCUGCAUCGGCGCGCGUCGCUGCGCUACGUGCCUCCGUUGCGGAAUAGAUAUUAUCGGAAAUACAAAAAGAUCUGGUGGAUGCUGCUGUACAGCGAAGUCAUGCUGUCCCUCGAAUACGGCAGGCCGUGCAUGAUCCGCGCGGGCGAUUUUGAUGUUGCGCCGCUCGAGGAUGAGGAUUUUAAGAAUAUGGAUGAUUCAGACGAUACAUUGGUGGAUCGCGGGUUUUGUUCCGUGCUGGCUGAUUUGUCACUGGUCGCGAUGGACGUUGCGAGUCUGAGAGGGCGGCAGAUGCCGGCCGAUACAGAGGCGAUUGAGCGUCGACUGGGUCAGACUGCAAUCAGAAUACGGCCUAGUCAUGAUAUAUGGUCUUGUCAGUUGCGGCUCGUUUAUAAUCUGAUUGUGCUAGUCGUGUACCGCAGCAGCAGCAGCAACAACAACUACAACAACAAAAACAAUAGCAAACUCUGCUCCGAAGCAGCAUCCAACAUCCUCACCACAUUCGAAACCAUGCUCGUCCAAAGCACCAUCCGGCAGUGUCAUCUCAGCAGCACGACGGCGCUAAUGGCGGCCGCCAUCGAGUUUGCGCGCGAGGUGCGGUGUUCCAGUAGUAGUAGUAGUAGUAGUAGUAAUAUCAUCACGGCGAUCUCGGCACAGGCGCAGUUGGAGCGACUGCUGGCGCCGGCAGAGGCACUGGCAGGCUAUUUUGUGCAUGUGGAGGCGGUGGGGAGACUGUGCAAGAGUCUGAAUGUAAAGGCAGAGAGGGUUAUUAGGGAGUGUCAGGCGCGGUAUUCUUCUUUGUCGUCGGUGGACGACGUGCCGGCACUGCCGGCAUCUCCGGAGAUUAUCGACUGGGAGGAUAUCAUGACUAAUUCUCGCAUGCAAAACGUGGGCUUUGGGUUUGGCUUUGGGGGCGAGGAUUGGCUGAGUGAAUAUCCUGGACAGGAGGUCUAG